AUGCGUCCUUUCGCCGACCUUGAUGAUGAACAAAGGAUCAGCAUUGCCAACGAACACCCCAACGAUCUUGAGUCUGGGCCAUCCUCUCCAUCCUCGCCACCCAGCUACCUUCGUCCUCGUCGUCCGAGCAAAUCAAAUUCUCGUCAUCGAUCACAACAUACCACCACAGACGGUGGCUCAAGCAGCCACCUCCUCGCCCGUCUCAUCGCUCGCGACGAUGAAGUCCGCGAAAUCAAUGCUCUUCUUGUCGUCACUUCUGAACGUCUCGAGACAGAGUCCAACCGGGCUAACAGCUCAGAGCGCCGUGCGCUCGAAUACUUCAACCGAUUGCGUCAAGCAACCGAGAAUCGUGAGCGCGCUGAACAAGACUCAGCUCGUCUUCGCGAGGAGUUGAAGUUGUACAAGCUACAGCUUGAAAAUGCACAAAAGGAAAUUUUUCGUGCACAGGAUAUCAUCAAUCAGGUCUCUGCUCAGAAAUGUGAAGCCGAGGCGGAUGCUGCGAGAGCCAGAACAAAAGCAAGGAAGUUGCAGGAAGAGAAGAUGAUGAUGCUCGCCCACGAGGAUGGCAGGCGGCGUGGUUACAAAGAGGGCCUAACAAUCGGACGUCGGCUCGGCUUCGACGAAGGAAGCACGAUAAGAAAUGAUGAUGAACCGGUCCGACGAGUGCAUCGGCCUGCCGUCCUACCAGAUGGAGGAGACGAAGAAGAGGAAGAAGAGUCGGUGCACUCUGAACGUAAUAAUGAUGUAGUACGCUCACAGCCGCGGGUGCACCCACGAUCUUCAAGACACGUGCGCCCGGAGUCUGCUCCGCCUGUUGGGCAGUAUGGUACUGCGCCACAUGCAGCUCCUAUUAUGCCAGUUCCACCACCGCAAGUAAUUCCAGUCCCGUCCCAUUCCCCUCCAGGAAGAAUCACAACGCCCUCACCACCAACGAGUCCUCCAGCGGAGACCGUUUACCCUACGCAAAUACGCACAACCUCUAGCCACUUAGCUGACGUUCCCCGGGAUGGUUGGAUACCGCGAGCAGACCCACAGACAUCGUACAUCCCAAUCCCACCGCCACACGAACUUUAUCAGCCCGUGUCCCUGAGCUCUAGCACACACCCACACGACUUAGACAACCGCUCACGUCGCGGUCCUUCGUAUGAUGCUGAGGAUUCAAACUAUGCUCUUGUAAGAACUCGCGAUUUCGCAUAUGCGCAACCUGCCCCAAUUCCAGUCCCAAGUCUGCAUACUCCAUCUCUCAUGUCGCGAUCAACAUCGACGCAUAUGUCUCAAUACGAGCUUGUAAGCGCCCCCACCGAACGACACGGAGUCUCACUUCGUCAUGAGGCAUCUUCCACGCACACAAGGAGUGAAAGUCAGACUGAACGACGUACGUCAUCACGCGGUGGAUAUCCCCCCGAGAAAAGUCGGAGGGAAGAUUUGGUAGAACAAUGGCGUGUAGACCCAGAAGUUGUUGCUACAGCAACUCCUGGGCCGGCCGUAAGAGAUUUUCAACCUGUACUACCUCCUGGACAUCAGCGUCCCAGGGAGUCAAACAUCCCCGCCACACAUACUGAUUCACGUGCUUCAAGUCGAAUAGAGUCCCAAUCAUCGCAAGGUCCUUCCCAGAAACGGAGUCCACCACGAUCAAGAAAUCCGCUCGACUACUUUAACUUCAGGCAACGUUUCCACCAGCGAACACAAUCAGCUGCCAGCGUUCCAAAUAUAACUGUUGAACCCCCGUCCGAUGAAGCUUCGACUCCAUCUGACCACUCUCAUCAAGCACAUCAUAAUCUUCUAAGUCCAGAUGUCGCAAAUCGGCCCCUUGCUCCGGUUCAUGAAGAAUCCCGGACAUCCGAAAGACAUUCACAAGACUCACACGGCGCCUACCAGUCGACCACACCUACACAGCCUCCAUGGCCAGCAGGGUUCAUGCCCGUCUCAGGGGAACCACCAGAACCGGGCUCCCAAUAUCCUCGCUCAAGAAGUCGAGGACCUGAUGAGCAUUACCAGAUGUCGCCUAUUCCUGAGGGUAUCUCAUACCCUGAACCGCCGAUGCGUAUUUCGUCGUCUCAUUCACAUCGUCACCCGGAAGAGUCUGAACGAUCGAGCUCGCCGGCACCUCUGCAGAGACCGAUAUCAUUGUUCUCUGACCAAGAUGGGUGA